AUGCUGACCUUUAGUGACAGCAAGACUGGUAUGACUGGCGUUGACAAGGAACAUAUCCAGAAAAUAAUCAAUGAGAAUACCAGCUCAGAUUUUGAGGAACAUGCGAAGAGAAAGAAAGAGAGAAUCGAUGCCAGAAUAAAACGUUAUAGUAACAUAAUGGCUAAAUUUACUCCACAUCAGAUUCUCCAGGCUCAAGCUGAAAUGGAUGUUUUGGUGGGUGUAUUGGAAAAAGAACGUGAUCUUUCUCAUUACGCUGUUCAUGUUGAUAUGGAUGCAUUUUACGCAGCUGUUGAAAUGAGAGAUGAUCCUUCACUGCGCAGCAUUCCAAUGGCCGUUGGUUCGAAUUCAAUGCUUAGUACAUCAAAUUAUGCAGCUCGUCGUUUUGGUGUACGUUCUGCUAUGCCUGGUUUCAUUGCAAAGAAGUUAUGCCCCCAACUGAAAAUCGUUCCUGGUUGUUUUGACAAAUAUCGAGAAGCAAGUUUAAUGGUUAGAAAAAUAUUUAGAGACUAUGAUCCUGAUUUUUAUGCAGAUGGCUUGGAUGAAGCAUAUAUCGAUUUAACCGCCUACCUCCAAAAUCGAUUUCGCACUGGCUCAGCCGAGCACGAACGAAUUCGAUAUAUGGGUGAGUGCAUUUGCCAACUGCCUUUGGUUGCGGAAAAUGAGAUAUGUCACCUGGACAAUGCUGAAAUUACUGAAGAGAUAUGCACAAAAUGUAAAAAAUUACGCAAAUGUGUACGAGAUCGCAUCACUUUCGGAGUAAAUGUUGAUGAAGUUGUCCGUGAAAUGCGAUUCAGAGUGGAACAAGCAGUGGGUUUAACUUGCAGUGCAGGAAUCGCACCAAAUUCCCUGUUAGCCAAGGUAUGUUCGGAUAUCAAUAAACCGAACGGACAAUAUCGUCUGUUAAAUGAUAAAGAAGCUGUUUUAACUUUCUUGAAAGAUCUCCCAAUACGUAAGAUAAGCGGGAUUGGGCCUGUAACGGAAGCAGUUCUAAAAGGAAUAGGUUUAGAAAAGUGUGGUGAUUUAUAUGAGUGGCGUGGAGUAAUCGGUUUGCUUUUCACACAACUCAGUUACGAAUAUUUUUUGCGAGUUGCUCUUGGCAUAUUUCAUGUGUUCAGUGCUGAUCGAAAAACAAGACAGAAAAGUAUCAGUACAGAAAGAACAUUCCAUCCUACAGGAGACCUUGGAGCUCUUCUUGAGGAAAUGCUUUCCAGAUAUUUUUUUAAAUCAUAG